AUGCAGCAGCACCAAAUGCAGGAGCAACAGCAGAUGCAACACAACAGCAGCAGCAGGCACAGCAGCAGCAGAUGCAGCAACAGCAGCAGCAGCACAAGCAGCAGCAGCAGCAGCAGCAGCAGCAGCAGCAUACUGAUAGUCGUAAAGGAUUUCUUCGCGGCGCAGCAGGGCGGCACAGAGAAAAAGAAGUGCAAAGCAACUCACGUACUCGCGACGUCACAGCAGCAGCAGCAACAGCAGCAGCAGCAGCAACAGCAGCAGCAGCAGCAACAGCAGCAACAGCAGCAGCAGCUGACCUUGCGAGGUUUCCCAUAUCGGUUGCAUCAACAUAUCUCGUGCAGAGAGACUCCUCCACAGCGAAACAAUAGCAGUUACCGUGCUGCCAGUCGUAGCGUGCCUCCCUGCAGCAGCAGCAGCAGCAGCAACAGCAGCAGCAGCAACAGCAGCAGCAGCAACAGCAGCGGCGAAGAUACACACGCACCCGGCAGCCACUCCGAAGCAAACACCCCGUACCUGCAGCAGCAGCAGAUGCAGCAGCAAAUGCAGCAGCAGAUAAAGCAGAUGCAGCAGCAAAUGCAGCAGAUAAAGCAAAUGCAGAUGCAGCAAAUGCAGCAGCAGCAGAUGCAGCAAAAGACGCAGCAGCAAAUGCAGCAGAAGAAAUGCUGCCCCAGCCGGCAGCCACUCCGAAGCAAACACCCCGUACCUGCAGCAGCAGCAGAUGCAGCAGCAAAUGCAGCAGCAGAUAAAGCAGAUGCAGCAGCAAAUGCAGCAGAUAAAGCAAAUGCAGAUGCAGCAAAUGCAGCAGCAGCAGAUGCAGCAAAAGACGCAGCAGCAAAUGCAGCAGAAGACGCAGCAGAAGAUGCAGCCGCAGAUGCAGCAGCAGAUGCAGCAGCAGAUGAAGCAGCAGCAGCAGCAGCAACUUGCCCGUGA